AUGGGCGAGCCGGUCGAGGGGCGUGCGGGGCGGCGAGGGAAGCGACGUGUGCCCCCCGGCCGGAACCCGCCCGGAACCCGCCCGGCUCCCCCUGCCAGCCCCGGGGCUCGACCCAGGCAACCUGCAAAGACACUGUGGUACGACCGCCCGCGGUAUGUGUACCUGGAGUUUUGUGUCGAGGACAGCACAGACGUGAAGGUCGUCAUCGAGGACCAGCGGCUGGUGUUCAGUUGCAAAAAUGCAGACGGUGUGGAGUUCUACAACGAGAUCAACCUAUAUGCCAGAGUCAACUCUAAGGACUCAAGGGAGAAGCGCUCUGACCGGUCCAUCACAUGCUUUAUGAGGAAGUGGAAGGAGAAAGUGGCCUGGCCACGCAUCACCAAGGAGAACAUCAAGCCGGCCUGGCUCUCUGUGGACUUUGACAACUGGCGAGACUGGGAAGGUGAUGAGGAGGUGGAGAGGGCCAUGGUGGAGCAGUACGCAGAGAUGCUGGAGAGGGUGACAGACAAAGGCCCCCCACCAGCCAUGGAUGACCUGGAUCUGCGGCGCGCCGCCGCCGCGGGAGCGCGCUCCGCGCGUCACCAAGCCGGCACGGCCGCUCGCCGCUUCACGGCGCUGCUAGCUGGCCGCCUUACGAUUGGCGCCGCUGUCCGUGCCGGGCGGCCGCGAUGUUGCCACACGAGGGUGGUGUCGUUGCCCAGGCGGUCGGAGCUGCGGCCCGAGGGCGGCGUAGGGAGCCGGAUGCGCGGGUUCCAGGUGGUGCUGGAGGACACCAUCCUCUCUCUCCCCGAGGGGCGGCGGCCGGACGAUCGCGGCUUCAUCGGGGACGUGCCGGUGCUGCGCGUGGCCCCGCGGCGGACCGCGAAGGCCGUGCACUUCGUGCCGGCCGCGCUGGAGCCCGGCGCCGAGGUGCUGCUGUCGCUGGACUGGGAGCGCCGCUUCGACCACAUGCAGCAGCAUUCAGGACAGCAUCUCAUCACUGCCAUUGCAGAACAGAUGUUUGGAUUCAAGACAACUUCAUGGGAGCUGGGCCGUCAGCGAAGCCUCAUUGAGCUGGACACCCCCUCAAUGACAGCAGAGCAGGUCAAGGCCCUGGAGAAGAGCGUGAAUGAGAAAAUCCGGGACAGGGUCCCUGUGACAGUGAGGGAACUGGCUGCAGAUGACCCUGAAAUUGAAAGAGUGAGGAGCCGGGGGCUGCCCGACGACCACGUGGGGCCAGUGCGUGUUGUGGACAUCGAAGGCAUUGACUCCAACAUGUGCUGUGGGACUCAUGUCUCCAACCUGAGUGACCUGCAGGUUAUUAAGCUCCUUGGUGUGGAAAAAGGGAAAAAGAACAAAACCAACUUGAUUUUCUUGGUGGGAAACAGAGUGCUGAAAUCAGUUGAACAAAGUCACAGUACCGAGAAGGCUCUAACCUCCCUGCUCAAAAAUGGACCAGGUGAGCAUGUAGAGGCUGUGAAAAGACUGCAGAGCUCUGUGAAACUGCUCCAGAAGAAUAACCUGAACCUGCUUAGAGACAUUGCUGUUUUGAUAGCUCGGGACUUCAAGAGCAAACCUGCUCCAAGGCAGCUCUUUGUGUUACACAGGAAAGAGGGUGAUUCUGAAUUUAUGAACAUCAUCGCUAAUGAGAUUGGGACAGAGGAAACUCUGCUAUUCCUGACUGUGGGGGAUGAAAAAGAAGCAGGACUCUUCCUUCUAGCUGGACCUGCUGAAGCAGUUGAGAAUUUAGGUCCCAGGGUGGCAGAGCUGCUGGGAGGGAAAGGAGCUGGAAAGCGUGACCGCUUCCAGGGCAAGGCAGCCAAGAUGAGCCGUCGGGGAGAAGUGGAAGCUCUGCUCCAGGAAUUCAUCAGCCAUCGAAGCCCUGAAGUCCCGGGCAGGCCCUGAAGCUGCUGCAGUCUCAGCUGGAGGAACUAAAUGGUGCUGUGGAGCCACAGUGGGGCACAACAGGUGUUGGUGUUUCUCAUCACUCAGGACAGACGUCCUUCCUCCACCACCCACAGUCCAUGCCACAGCCCUGCACCCAGGAGCUGAUCCUGCAUCCCACAGCACAGGCCAGCAGAACACUCGAACUCACCAGCUAAACACACCUUCAGCUUUAAUAAAAUACCUCCUGUGCACAGCCACACCCCCA